GGAACCACCACCCCGCCUGAGGAAGUCAGUUGGUGAACUGAAUAUGCACCAAACUUAUACUAGAGCUAUUAAGGCCGAAGCCUUUUUAGCGUAAUAGGAAAAACCUUGACACGAUCCUUUCAGAAUGACCCGAAUACGAUCACAACUGUUGCAAGUGCAAGGGUACGAUCUCUCCAAGACUUAGCGCAUAAUGGCUGCUUCUGCUUCUGCUUCUUCUCUGUCUGCGCAGAUUGACGAUAUUGCGGCCAAGGUAAAGCAAUUUGAAACAUCCAAGGAUGAUCUCACCCGGGCCGAGCGCCUUCGUCUGGUGCAAUCCCUGGAACGGCUGACCCUGCAGGUGAAGGAGCCCAAGGAUGCAAUCUUUGAUCAUCUUACUAAUGCAUCUUCGCUGUGCAACCUGCGUGGGUUACUGGAGUUGGGUGUACCACAGAAUAUCCCUCGCACAGGAAGUAUUACCGCGGCUGGGCUUGCAGACAAAACUGGCGCUGAUAAGACAUUGAUUGCUCGCUUGAUGCGUAUUCUCACCGUGACUGGCAUCUUCGAUCUUGUCGGCCCGGACGAGUAUGCACACACCCCAUAUUCAUUGGCAUACAUUGAGGGACACGAAGUAGACUUCCUGAAAUUAUGCUGCGAUGAGAUCUUCGUCAACACGACCCGUUUACCAGAGUACUUUCGUGCCGUCGGCGGCCGUGAUACGACUAGCACAACGGACAAUCCUUUCAGCUGGGGAAAUAACAAAGUGGGAAAUACCUUUUUUGACAUUAUAUCCCAGGAUCCUCGACGGAUCAAACAGUUCGACGUUGCAAUGUCAACCCAGGACUAUACACUUCCAGUUCUAGGAAUGUAUCCGUUUGGUGUAGAGCUUGCCGGUGCUACUGAUCUAGACAGCCGAGCGUUGCUUGUGGAUAUUGGCGGCGGUCGAGGACAAUCACUCGUACAAAUCAAAGAAAAGUGGCCGGCCUUGCAGGGGAAGCUGAUUUUACAGGAUAGAUCGAUGGUGUUAGAUUCAUUUCCCGAGUUGUCCGGAAUAGAAAAGAUGGCACACGACUUCUUCACUGAGCAGCCGGUCAAGCAUGCGCAUGCGUAUUAUAUUCGACGCUGCCUGCACAACUGGACAGACGCACAUUGUACCAAAAUCUUGAAAGCCAUUGUACCAGCCAUGGCCCCCGACUCUCGAGUCCUUAUCGGCGAGAUGGUUGUCCCCGAAUAUAACAGCGAGCGUCCAGGUGGCGUUGAAGACAUGGCACCUUACUGGAUGGAUCACAACAUGUUCGCUUUUGGAGGCCGCGAGCGAACAAAGACCGACUGGGAGGCGCUUUUUACCACUUCCGGCUUGAAAUUGAUCAAGAUCUGGCAGAGCGAGGCGUCCAGCCAGGCUGUUCUCGAGGCACGGCUGGCUUGAGGAACAAUGCAUAUUUAGAUUGUUAAUACUAAAUAACUUUGAUAUAUA